AUGAGUAAGAUGCCUCGCGGGCGUGGCGUGGGCGUGGCGGGCGGCGACGAAGAGGAAGGCGGCGGCGGCGGAGGACGACGCGCCCCCGCCAAGCUGGAGCGCGAGGACAGCGAGAACACGCAGCUGCGGCGGGCGAUCUGCGAGGCCCGGGAGGGCGCCCAGAGGAAGGCCGCCAAGCGCAAGCCGGACGUCUUCCUCAGCUGCAUGCAUCCCGGUGCAACAGUGCACGAGGAAUACGCGUGCAUGCUCAAACCAGACCAACAUCGGCCAGAACAACAACAAGUUCUACGUCAUCCAGGUCGCCAAAGACAGCGGGGAUUUUCUUUGCUUCACCAGAUGGGGGAGAGUGGGCGAGGAGGGCCAGUGGAACAUCGACUGCAUGGAGAAGGCGAAGACGCCAUCAAGGCUUUCGAGAAGAAGUUCAAGGACAAGACCAGAAACAACUGGGCCGAUCGAGACAACUUCGAGCCGGUCGCCAAGAAGUAUACUUUGCUGGAGAUGGACGACGACAGCGACGAAGAGGAAGUCGGGGGAGAUUCCUCGGAGCCCAAGAAGGAGCUGGUGUCCUAUGAUGGCCCCUGCAACUUGCACAAGAGGACCAUACUCAUGAUCAAACUCAUUUUCUCUGAUGAUAUGUUUGUCAGACAGAUGGCAGAUAUGAGUCUAGACGUGAAGAAGAUGCCGCUGGGCAAGCUGAGCAAGCUGCAGAUCGCCAAGGGUCUGGAGGCGCUCAUAGACAUCGAAGACGCCAUCAAAAAGAACAAGCCCCGCAGUGUGUUGAUGGAGCUCACCUCCAAAUUCUACACUCUCAUUCCACACAACUUCGGUCGAUCGGCGCCUCCUGUGAUAGACACGGAUGAAGUUGUGCAGAAGAAGAAGGAGGUUAUGCUCACUCUCAGCGACAUUGAGCUCACGCAGAGUCUUCAGAAGGAGAAGAGUAAAGGCGUUCAUAUUCUUCAGGAGAAAUAUGACAUGUUGGACUGUGUCUUGGAAUACGUGGAUAAGAUGUCUUCAGAGUUCAAGAUUAUCAGCGAAUAUGCAACAGCUUGUCCUUACUCAAGAAAAGGCCCGUUGCUUGAUGUCUGGCGUGUUGACCGGAAGGGAGAGAAGGACAGGUUCGCCGCCCACGACGCCAUCCAGCACCGCAAGCUGCUCUGGCACGGCACCAACGUGGCGGUGGUGGCGGCGAUCCUGAAGGCCGGGCUCAGGAUCAUGCCCCACUCGGGCGGUCGAGUCGGCAGGGGCAUCUACUUCGCCUCGGAACACGCCAAGAGCUCUUAUUAUGUUGGCUAUCAUUACGGUACUUACGAAGGCGAGAGUAACGUGGGCUUCAUGUUCCUGGUCGAGGUUGCUUUAGGGAAGGAGAACAACAUCAUGCAGGAUGACUGUUCUCUGACGCAGGCUCCCAAAGGCUACGAGAGCGUGGUGGCAAGAGGAAAGACCGAACCAGACCCGAAGAAGAACAAGAAAGUAGUCUUCGACGGGAAGGACGUCAUCGUACCUGUGGGGAAGCCUGUUCCUCAGAAGGAGUGGGCCCAAAGUGGCUUCUGUCAGAGCGAGUACCUUGUUUACAAAGAGAGUCAGGCGCGAAUCAGAUACGUCCUCAAGUUUUCCUUCGAGGAAGACGAUGAAUAGAAUGAUACGAUCUUGCAGCCUUUGCAUAGAUGUUACAUUGUAUAUUAUUAUUAUCAUAGAGGCUUUCUCAGCUUUGUGUGAGGAAAUCAAUCUCAGAAUAGCAUCUGCUAUAUAUAUAGAUAGGUAGAUAGAUAGGUAGAUAUUGAAUAUAAACGAUUGCUUUUUUAUUGCAAUAUUGUUUUUGUCUUUUGUAAACCAACCAGUACAAAAUUUGUACACGUUGGCUUAUUACCUUGUUUUUUUUUUCACUUGUGAAAAAUGUACUUCGCAUUCACCUCUGUAAUAACACUUUUGUUAGAUUAAAGUGUAAAUUUAU